AUGCGGUAUAUCCUCGACAGCGACGCCGCGCCGGACAAAUGCACCGCGCCCAUCUGGGUGCUCGGCGUCGAGCACCCGGGCUUCUCUCCCUCACCGGCACAUUCUCCCUCCUCAUCAACUUCGACAUCUGGGCGGCGGAGCAGUAUCAGCGUCGAAGCGGCGUCUGUGCGGUCUAAUGGGAGUAGAGAGAGGGAGGAGAUGAGUCUGAGUCGAUCGACUCCACCAGGAGGACGGAAAGGAAAGAGAGGAAGUGGGAAUAGUGCAGGAGCGGGAGGGGAGGGAGAGGACAUGUUCGAAGAGGCCGGGCGGGGCUGGCCCGCGGAUUUCUACAACGACUUUUCGAGCAGGGUGUGGCUGACGUAUCGGAGCCAGUUCCCGCCGAUACGCGAUACCACCCUCCACGCGCUCGACGCGGCGGGCUCAGACACCGCCUCGCUCCUCAGCACCUCGCCCUCGAAGUCCCGCUGGGCAUGGGCCGGCUUCGGCGAGCGCGGGUGGACGUCGGACAGCGGGUGGGGGUGCAUGCUGCGCACGGGGCAGAGUCUGCUGGCGAAUGCGCUUGUGCAUUUGCAUUUGGGGCGCGAUUGGAGAAGACCGCCCGGCCCGCAAGCAACAGCUGCCUACGCGCGCUACGUGGAGAUUCUGACGUGGUUCCUCGACGCGCCCAGCCCUCUUGCACCGUUUUCGGUCCACCGCAUGGCGCUCGCAGGCAAAGAGCUCGGCAAGGACGUCGGGCAGUGGUUCGGGCCCAGCACCGCCGCCGGCGCGCUCCGGACGCUGACGGACGCGUUCCCGGACGCGGCCCUCGGCGUGUGCGUCGCCGUCGACAGCCAGGUGUUCCAGACGGACGUGUUUGGGGCGUCGUGGGACCCGCGGAGCGCGGCUUCUGCCCACAGGAAAAGGACAAGAUGGGGCGGAAGGGCGGUGCUCGUGCUCGUCGGCUUGAGGUUGGGGCUGGACGGGGUGAAUCCGAUUUAUUAUGAGAGUGUUAAGACCCUCUUCACCUGGCCCCAAUCAGUAGGCAUCGCCGGCGGCCGGCCCUCCUCGUCCUACUACUUCGUCGGCACGCAGGCCGACGCGCUGUUCUACCUCGACCCGCACCACGCGCGGCCCGCCGUGCCUUUGCGUCCGCCGCCGCCGCCGUCGUAUCCUACUGUCACGCCCAACACGUUCUCGUCUGCACAAGGUCAUAAUCAAGGGCAAGCGCCGACGACGCCGCCGCUCCACGGGCCGUCUACACCACCCCUCGGCGGAUCCUCCCCCGAACCGAUCCCGAUCAAAGGACGAGGCAGCAUGGCCCCGCCUCCGCCGCAAACUCCCGCCCGUCCUUCAACGUCCAGAGACGAAGACGAGAGGGAGAGGGAUAGGGAAAGGGCGAGACACACGCGCUCGCCGACGUCGCCGCCGCCCGGGCGCGCGCACGCUGCGAGCCCGCUCGCGAAGGAGCUGAGCACGUCGUCGAGCAACUCGUCGUCUUCUGCCGGCCAUGGGCAGAGUUAUGGGCAAAGUGGGCAGGGGCAAGGGCAGAGUGGGCAUGCGCGGUGGAGGACGACGGCGCCGGGGAGUCCGGGGCAGAGCAGUGUUGGUGGGCGGAGUAAUGCUAGUGGUGGAAUGGGAGGUGGUGCAGGAGGAGGAGGAGGAAUUGGAGGGGGGAAGGGGGGAGUGGGCGGGAUGAGCGCGGGAAAUCUGACGGCGCAGAGUUUGAUUGGGAGCAGCGCGAGCCUGUUGGCGCUCGAUAGCGUGCAGCAGCAUUAUGUGGCUGCGUAUUCCGCUCAAGAAAUCCGGACGUUCAGCUGCGAGAAAGUGCGCAAGCUGCCCCUCGCGGGGCUGGACCCGAGCAUGCUGCUCGGCUUUUUGGUCAGGGACGAGAGCGAGUGGCGGGAUUUGAGGGCGAGGGUCGUCGAGUUGGGCAAGACGCACCGCGCGAUAUUCAGCGUGCAGGACGAGCCGCCGUCGUGGCCGAGCGACGCGGAUAGCGAUAUGGGGCUUGAGAGUCUGAGCGAGCCUGAUUCGCCUGAUGGGUUGUCUGUGGGCGAAGAUGUCAAGGUUGUGCGCGAAGACGGCGACAGCGACGACGAAGCCGACGGCGAUUUCUUCGACGCGUCCGAGGGCCGCCCGCGGUCCUUCGUCGAAGUGCCCGCUCGCGCCGACUCGUCCGCCUCAUCCACCGGCGACGACGACCCGGCCGACCCGCUCACGCCCGGCCCGCAUACGGCCGGGCGCGGCUCGUUCGAUCUGAGGGCGCUGCAGCUGAAGCCCGUGCCGAGCGAUUAUAGCGAGAUCAGCAACGAGACGUUUGAGAGCACGCGGGACGGGCCGUUGGACGAUGAUGAGGGGGAGCUGAUCGGGGAGGAUGAGUGGGAGGAUGUCGAUGCCGUCCCCGGUGCGAGUGUGGGUGUGCCGCCGACGCCGAGGGAGUUCGUGAUGAACCGCCCGGAACCGAGGGAGCGGGUUGAGACUGUGCGCCCGGAGCCAAGGGAGAGAGUCGAGACUGCGCGGCCUGGGUCGAGCGCGGAGCGGAGAGAGAGAACUUCCAACGCGGAGGGAAGGGAGAGGCCGCGGACGGAGCGGAGCCCGACGGCGGUGAAAGUGGCGAGUCGGCAGGCGAGCGAGAGUAGUACGUUCACGACGUCCUCCGUCGCGUCUACUGCUUCGUCGGCGUCGGCGUCGUCGAGGAAGGACAAGAGCAGUUCGCGCGAGAAGGAGAAGGAGAGGUCCGAUAAGGAGGGGAAGGAGAAGGAGAAGAGCAAGGGAAAGAAGAAGAAGAGCGCGGUGCCGGUGCCGUUUCCGAGCGCGAGCGAAGAUGUGGAGGAGGAGAGGGAGAGGCGGGUGCCGCAGAUGAGCGAUCGGAGGGGGCGGGAUGGAGGACGGACGCAGAGUGGAGGUGUGAGGGGGAUUCUAAAUGAGGAUUUGUAG